CCUCUUAACAGUUCCGAUUAUCUCAUCUCUUAAUCUCAGUUGCCCGGAUGUACGAGUAAAUUCCGAGCAGCUGAUAACCAGAGGCCAUUUCUGUUCAAUGUUGUAUAUAGAACUGUGUAAAGCGAUUGUUGAAAUUUGACGAUAAUAAUGGCAGAUUUAAAUGAUAUGACGCUUGACAAGUUUAAAUUAUGGUCGGUGAAUGCAUUGAGAGUGUAUUUGUCACUGAGGAAAAAAUCAAUCACGGGAAACUUUGAUGAAAUCGCCGCAAGGGCCUUCAUUGCAUGGGAAGAAAACAUUGCGGUAGAUUUAGUGGCAGAGCAACAGCAAAUGCAGCUUCUUGCAGAAUACAAGGCCAAACUGAACAUAGAUGGGGAAAUAAUUGAAGACCCUAUGACUGUUAGCAAGGGCUGGUUGUCGGAAAAAGUUGGAAUGUCAAAGUGGCCAUCACUGUAUAUAGGUGAUAUUUCAGAGUAUUUGCAUACUAACCAACCGAAGGAUUUGAUAAGACGGGUCGUAAACGAGUACAAGGAAGGCAAGGCGUAUCGCUACUUCACAGGCGAAUGGGUUAAGGAAGUGUUUUACCAUGACAUCAGUGAAAUUUCUGACAAAUGUGUGUUUAAGUCAUCGGUUACACCAUCACAGGCUAUAAACAAUAAAGCCUACACUGUUUGGCUAGUUCUAAGAAAGGACACUAAGGAAAUAUUAGGUGGACAAGUGCUCCAAGCCUACUGUUCCUGCACAGCAGGUAUGCUUGGUUCGUGCAAUCAUAUCGCUGGUGUUCUGUUUCGGAUAGAGGAAGCAGUGAAGACCGGACAGACUCUCAAAUCUUGUACCAGUAAACCAUGCGAGUGGACUGUUCCCAAGAAAAAAACAAAGGUGAAGGCCGGCCGUGUAUCGGAUUUUUUGUUGAAAAAGACCAGCUUAUCAAAGCUUAAAGUUGAUAAAGAAAAAGAAAAUGAAAAAGCAAUCAAGAGAAGGAACUUCACGCCAUUGCGAAGUGCACAACAAAGGAGCGAUAGUGACAGUAUAAGACAGGACUUGUAUGAAACCUUGAAAGAUAAACUUCCAGACUCUUGUGUCACUUUACUGAUGGAAAAGCGUAAACCUAAGUCAAACAUCCAGGAACCAUCUGCAAAUAUGCCGCCUUCAUUAAAGGAUGUUGCAAGGAAAAUAACUAUGUCAAAUUGUAAUGAUCAUGAGAUAAUGAAAACCAAGUUAUUGAAUGAGGUUCAGUUAUCAGACGGCCAGUUAAAUGCCCUGGAAAAGGGAACAACAGGACAAAGUGAAUCUGAGUGCUGGAAAGAGCAGCGCCACGGAAGGAUUACAGCCAGUAAUUUUCACCGGAUAUCGCGUAGAUCCCAGUCACUGAAGGAAAACUCAGAUGAAGACCCAAGCUCUGUUAUUGGCCUUGUCAUGGGAACCUCUCCAGUGAUUCAGACGGUCGCCAUGAAACAUGGGAUUUCCACGGAACCAAUAGCAAAGCGAAGCUAUCAUCAAGAAAAAAAAUCUGAACAUAAGCGUUUUUCUGUCAAAGAGUGUGGGAUGUUCUGUCUCAAAUCAGAUCCAUACGUUUCAGCCAGUCCGGACUUGUAAGUCCAUUGUGAAUGUUGUGGUUAUGGAGUUUGUGAAGUGAAAUGCCCAGAGACAGUAAAAGACCAAAAACCUACACCUGACAACAUUCCAUAUAUUGUUGUAAAAGAUGGUGAAGUGUCGUUGAAGAGGAACCACCCUUACUUCUAUCAGAUUCAGGGUCAAAUGGGAAUAACCGGGAGGAAGUACUGUGACUUCUUCAUUUUUACAUUUCACGGGUCAAUGUGUUUAAGAGUUAAAUAUGAUGAGAAUUUUUUUCUCGAGAU